AUGGAGCAAGCGGGGGACGGGUCCGCGCAGGGUCCCCGGGACGUGGACGCGCACAUGCUGGACAACCUCAGCUCGAUCUCCGAAGACGACAUCGCCGCGCACGACCCGGUCGCGGCGGUCGACGACGACGACGCCGGCAUGAGCACCGGCACUGGGGAGGACCUGGGGGACGCGGGGUCGGACGAAGAGGAGCGCCUCGAUGACGACGAAGAUGACGAUGACAGGCCCCGGCCGCCCCCGCCGCGCCGUAUCAACGUCCCGAUGGACCUCCUGCGCAUGAUCGGGCUCGACAUGGCCCACAGGUCCUCGUCGCACGAGUCCCUCGUCGACUCGCUGCGCUCCAGCGGCCACAUCAGGUCGAACGACGUCGAGGCGAUCUUUCGCGCGCUGCCCCGGGCCUGGUUCCUCCCGCCCGCGGCCCGCGAGGAGGCCCUCAUCGACGCCCCCGUCAGGCUCGACGAGUACGGCUUCAACGUCUCCGCGCCGCACAUGCACGCGGCCAUGAUCGAGGAGCUGGCGAUUGAGGCCGGUCAGGACGUGCUGGACGUCGGCUGCGGCUGCGGCAUCACGACCGCGUACUGCGCGCUGCGCGCAGGGAGCGAGGGCAGCGUCUGCGCGAUCGACAUCCGCCAGUCUGCGGCGCGCAUGACGCGCUCCAACAUCGACAGGGCCAUGCGCCGCAAACCGCACCUGUCGUUCGCGCCCGUGGAGGUCUACCACGGCGACGUCUUCCUGCCCGGCGAUCUCCACGAUCGCAAGUUCGACAAGAUCCACAUCGGCGGCACGUGUCCGAGCGUGCGCAUGGACGACGUGCUGGCGCUCGUGAAGCCCGGCGGCACCGUCGUGGUCCCGCUCGAGUCCCACCUGGUGCGCGUGAGCGUGUCCGACAGCGGCGAACCGGCCUACCACAACAUCACCGCCGUGCGCUUCUCCGACCUCGAGUGCCCGCGCGAGUCCGUGCUCGCGCUCGCCCGCCUCAGCAUCACCACGCGCGACCAGUGCCGCGUCCAGGUGCCCCCGUGGACCCCCCCCGCGCCGCCCGACGCCGGCGACGUCGACAUCGCCCUCGCCGGCUCGAGCUUCGAGGUCCCCGUGCCCCGCCGCCUCCUCGCCGCGCGCUCGUCCUUCCUCCAGGCGAUGGUCGGGUCCGGAAUGCGCGACGCCAACGCCCCUCGGCUCGCGCUGCCCGAGCACGUCCCCGAGGCGGCCGUGCGGGCGUUCGUCGCGGAGAUUGCGCGCGAGGAGGGCGCGGCGCCCGGCGCCGCGAGCCUCCUCGAGGCGCCGAUCCCAGACGACGCGGCGGCGGCGGCGGCGGACAGGGAGUGCACGCUGGGCGUGCUCGAGGUCGCGCACUACCUGGGCGUGGACAGGGUUGCUGCGCUGGCGGUUGCGCGGCUGCUGCGGGCGCUCUGGGCGCUGGGGGGGGGUAUGCCGGGGGAGGGGUCUCAGGUGGUACAAGUCGGGCACAAGAUCGUGUCGAGCGACGAGGACGCGGGCGGGGCGAGCGACGAUGGCGCUGGGUCCGCGCCGGACGAGGACGCGGAGCGGAAGGGCUUCCGUGGCGGUUUCGACGGCCGUGGGGGAGUGAGGGGGGGGGGCGUUCCGACGGGGGCGAGGGAAGAGGCGAUCGGGUUCGCGGCGCAGCUGCUGGUGGCUGCGACGGACCUCGCGCUGCCGGAGCUGGAGGCCGCGACGUCGGAGUGGGCGCUGCAGAACUUCGACGCGCUGCAACUGGCGGCGUCCGAGGCGUGGCGCGCCCUGCCGCAGCCGGCCGCGCUGUCGUUCGCGGCGCGGGCCGCGGCGGCGUACAAGCGGGUGAUGGGGGCGCUCGAGGGCAUGGCGCGCACGUACGGGUACCGCCACUGA